UCAUAUUCUGACAUCCAAGCUGGCCCAACAUGUAGUAUACAUCCUCCUUUAUUGUACUUUUGCAGUACACCUUAGGGCCUAGGUCAAUGCAUAAGAGAAACUCCAUGAACCCACAAAUAAAAGGCAACAUCAUCACCAAACCAUUUCUUAUCAUCCAAAAUCACUUUAGUUAGAGAGAGAGAGAGAGAGAGAGAGAGAGAGAUGACAAUGAAGGCUUAUUUGAUUCAACUAAUUAUUUUCAUCUUCUACUUGUUUAGCCUCUCCCCAAAAGUGAUUAACUCACAACAAACAGAUUCUUGCAACACCAACCUCACCAUUUCCCACCUCCUCCCCUUCAAUGCCUUGUCCCUCAACUGCAUCUCUGCAUGGAGCUCACAAAACUUCAUAUUAAGGUAUGCAAAUACUGGACCGGGUCUAUGGAGUUUCAUCUUGUCGGCACUCGACACGAGCUCCUACGUCGCGAUCGGGUUCUCCGACGACGGGCAGAUGGUCGGAAGCAGUGCAGUGGUCGGGUGGUCCCCACCGGGCGGGCCAGGCCUGAUCAGACAGUACUAUCUGGGGGGCAAGAACCCGUGGGAGUGCCCGCCAGACAAGGGCGAUUUGAAAUUGGUUACUGGAACUUCUGCAAUUCUGUCACAAUCUUCGCGACUGUACCUCGCAUUCCAGGUCCAGACUGACCAGCCAAAGCCGUACUUGAUCAACUCGGUCGGCCCGCGGAACGACCUCCCAUCGCCGUCGGCCGGCUUCCUGCUGUCCGAGCACCGCGACCAUGCCUCGACUUCUAUCAACUACAUCACCGGAGUCAUAUCAGAUGCCGGUGAGGAGUCAGCGUUUUCAUCGCCGCAGCGGCACGGACUGCUGGGGAUGCUGGGGUGGGGGGUGCUGAUCCCGAUGGGUGCCGCUGCGGCGCGGUACUGCAGGAACUGGGAUCCACAGUGGUUCUACGCCCACAUGUCGGUCCAAGGGAUCGGAUUCGCGCUGGGCCUAGCCGGGAUCGUGAUCGGAUUCAAGCUCGACGGUAGGGGGGUCAAUAAUGUCGAUGCUCACACGGCGCUCGGCAUUAUCGUCUUGGCUCUGGCGUCUCUCCAGAUAAUUGCAUUGUUCGCUCGUCCCGACAAAUCGUCGAAGAAUAGGAAAUACUGGAACUGGUACCACCACAACGUCGGAAGGAGCGUGAUCGCUAUCGCAACUGCAAACAUAUUUUUCGGGCUAUCGAUCGCGAGCGAGAAGAGCGCGUGGUUCAUCGGUUACAGCGUUUUCUUAGGGCUUUCGCUUAUUAUUUGUAUAAUUUUUGAAAUUAAAAGGUUCAUGAGCAAUGAGUGAAAUAUGUUAAGAAUUAAUGCACUA